AUGGUGAGGAACGUGGAUGACUUUGACUUCUGCCUGCCUUCGCAUGCCCAGGGCAUGCUGGAGGGGCUGCAGCAGCUGCGCGCCAACCCCAAACUGGCAGAUGUGACACUGGUGGCAGGCGGGCGGGAGUUCCCCUGCCACCGUGGCAUCCUGGCCCUCUGCAGCCAUUACUUCCAUGCCAUGUUCUCUGGCGACUUUGCCGAGAGCAUCGCGGCACGGGUGGAGCUGAAGGAGGUGGACCCCAGCGCACUGGAGAUGCUGCUCGACUUUGCCUACACGGGGAAGGUCACCAUCAACCAGGGCAACGUGGAGGGGCUGAUGCGGACCUCCAGCCAGCUCCACUUCCCCACUGUCCAGAAGGUCUGCAGCCGCUACCUCCGGCAGCAGAUGGAUGCCACCAACUGCCUAGGUAUCUGCGAGUUCGGUGAGAGCCACGGCUGCCCUGAGGUCUCCUCCAAGGCCUGGUCUUUCUUGCAGGAGAACUUUGAAGCCGUCUCUCGGCAGGAGGAGUUCCUCCAGCUCUCCAAGGAGAGGUUGGCUGUCUACCUCUCCAACGACCAGCUGCAGGUGCAGGAAGAACAGAGCCUGGCCGAGGCCGUGUUGCGCUGGGUACGCCAUGACCCAGGGCUCCGAGCCCAGUUCCUGCCUGAGCUGCUGGAGCUGGCCCACAUCAUGUCGCUGCCUGACCAGUACCUGCAGAACCUGCUUGCCACCGAGCCUCUCAUCCGUGACUCAGAUGCCAGCAAGGCCCUCGUCGCCCGAUCUUGUGCCACGAGGCAGAGUGAUGCCAGUGCCCAGAAGAACCCCCCAGCCCCACUGCAGAAGCUGGAGGAGGUGCUGGUGGUGGUCGGCGGCCGCGUGCUGGAGGAGAGUGAGGAUGAGGAUGGCGGGCUGGAGAUGCCAGCUGCGCCUAGGAACUUCGCCUUCUACAACCCCAAAAGCAGGCGAUGGAUAGCUCUGCCUGACUUCCCUGAUUACAACAAAUGGGGCUUUUCCCUGGUGGCUCUGAACAAUGAUGUGUACGUCACAGGUGGUUCCCGGGGCUCCCAGAACAACACAUGGUCAACUACCCAGGCCUGGUGCUUCUGCCCCAGGGAUGGCACCUGGAAGCCCAUUGCUUCCAUGCUGAGAGCCCGGACAAACCACACCAGCACUGUCCUCAAUGGUGAGAUCUACGUCAUUGGGGGGACAACGGUGGACGCGGUGGAGGUGGAGCGCUACGACCCCUACAGCAAGAGCUGGUGUGCCAUCAGCCCAGCCCUCAAGUAUGUGAGCAAUUUUGCGGCCACCAGCUGCUUGGGCAAGCUGUACCUUGUGGGCUCCUGCGCCGUCAAGUACAAUGCGCUCACCCUGCAGUGCUACAACCCUGUCCAAGGUGAGAGCUGGCCCCACUGCCGUGCCCCACCAAUGCCCAAGUACCUGUCGGCCCCACGCUGUGCCACCCUACGUGGGCUCAUCUACCUCAUUGGGGACAAUACCAAGAAGGUCCAUGUGUACAACCCGGAGGCCAACAUCUGGCAGAAG